UGCAGGAAAGCGAAAACGUGGUGUACAUUUUUAGCAGCUAUUUGCAAUCCUCGACGUUUUAUACCGUAACGUGACUUCACAAUUCAAAUCCCGAAUCCAAACCAGACGACACGUCUUAUCGAGUUUACAAAUUUAGUAGAUACCCAUUGGCUGAUACUCCCACUUAUUAUUUACAAUAAUUUUUAAAGUAAAGUCCAUAUCAGAGUGAUUACUUUAAUCGUAGCCGAAAGGAAACAAAGAACGCGACAUCAGUUGUUUUUCGAUCAGCGUAGAAGUGGGAUUUACAAAAUGGAUUAUAGUUCCAACCCUCCUGUAACGAAAUUAUUAACGGCAACUAAUUCGGAAAUCGUCAACUACGAUUCCAUCGUGUUGCUAUCGGCACCCAGCCAAAAGUUACCCGAAUUUGUGGCACCCGUAGUAAAUGAGGCGAAGAAAUACGACCAAGCGUUUGAAUCCGAGGUGUCAGUAGUACCACUACUAAAAAGUUCGCAAAGGCUGAUUUAUUAUCCAAUUGGCUCUUUCGACCCAGAUUACGAUGACGUGAGAAAGUUCAAAGAGGGUUCCGCCAAAGCAAUUAAGCGAGCCCUUAAAGCUGGCAGUCGGAAACCGCUUCUGCUCCUUAAUGAUCAUCCACGCUUCGAGAAAGCUGCUUUGGUUACUCUACUGGGCGUAUUGGAAGCACUAUACACGCCAAUUCAAGUUCGAGAGCAUGACGCGUCGAAAGCAAAUAAGGUAGACCAUCUGGGCAUUUGGUCGGAAACCAGCGACUCGAAUAUAUUAGCCAAUUUAGCAACAAUUAUAGAAAGUGGCAGAAGAGUGGCAUGUGACAUUGGGGAUGCAGACCCAGAAAGAAUGUCUCCGCCAAGGAUUGAAGAAUACAUCAGGAAAAUUUUCGCAAAUUCGUCAAUUAAGCUUAGUACCGUAAGCGAUUUGAAAGAGUUUUCCAAAGAUUAUCCGUUAUUCGAAGCUGUCAAUCGCGCAGCGCAUCAAAACGAGCGACACAGAGGCAGAAUCGUAUAUCUGGAGUACAAUCCACCUGAGACUCCAAGAGAAACCAUUUUCUUGGUUGGGAAAGGUGUUACUUAUGACACCGGCGGAGCUAACGUCAAAGUGGGCGGAGGAAUGCUGGGCAUGUCCAGAGAUAAAUGCGGGGCUGCUGCAGCAGUUGGUUUUAUGCGGGUGGUAGACCUUCUGAGACCGAAGCAUUUGAAAGUGGUGGUCGGUGUUGGCUUGGUGAGGAAUAGCAUAGGAUCCAACAGCUAUGUGCCUGACGAAGUUAUAACUGCGAGAUCAGGAGCUAGAGUUCGGGUGAUCAAUACAGAUGCUGAAGGUCGUAUGAUCAUGGCUGACAUUCUCUGCAAGUUUAAGGAACAAGCUUUAGAAGAAAUUAAUCCACAUCUCUAUACUAUUGCCACCUUAACAGGACAUGCCUGGUUAACUGUUGGGGAUGGAUACUCUAUCGUGAUAGACAACGGGCCAGCUUACAAGACAGGUCAUUGUUUUAGCUUACAAAAGGCGGGGGAUAUAAUAGGUGAUCCUUUUGAAAUUUCCACCUUGCGUAGGGAAGAUAUUUCUUCACACAAAGGAAAAAUGGAAGGAGACGACGUUGUACAGGGUGGAGAUAAACCGUCUGCGCAAACACCCAGAGGACACCAAAAUCCUGCUGCGUUCUUGUUGCUAGCGUCCGGUCUGGAUAAGUACGGGUCAGAUAGCCAGAAGCCACUGAAAUACAGCCAUUUGGAUAUUGCCGCUUCUGCGGGGUCUUUUCCCGAUCCUGCAACGGGAUCGCCGGUAUUGGCUUUGGUCCAGAAAUAUCUUCUUUAGAAAUACUUCAUUUUUUGUGUACUUACAGCAAAAUUGUUACUUUUGCAACGAAUUUCAGUCAGCAGAAAAUAAAUUUUUC